GCUCUCUUUGUUCCUACCCGGACCAGACUCCAGCCGCACGGUUGCUAUGCAGCAGCAGCGUGAGACGCUAGCGGUGCUAAAGGAGGCUCAUCCGCGCGCAGACUGGGAAAACAUCGUCAGACGUCACUGCUCCAUCGCUGGGUGGCGAUGACGUCACCGAAGCGGUAAACGUUUAGCUGUGACGUGGGGGCUUACAGGCUAACGGGGGAUUAGCUGUUAGCUUCAAACUGCGGCCAUCAGCAGUGUUCAGGGUACGGCGGCCGGCGGGGACAUGUAGAGGAACGGUUUGAAUUUGGACCUGAACCCAAGCUGGUCCGGACUGGACAGAACAGGCUUCCUCAGGAUGGACCACAGAGCACGCACACCUUCAGCAUGUCAGACCCAGCUACUGUAGUAGAUCACGGUCCAGAUGCCGGUACCGCCCGCCCCCCUCUGGCUGCGAAGGCCAUGUCCGAGUCGUACGUCCAGCUGCGGUACCGGGACACCUCCCUGCUGGUCUGGCAGCAGCUGCAGCUGCAGGCUGCACCGCCCUCCACCUACCUGAACCGGAGCCAGUCUGCCUGGUACACCAGCUACGGGAACCAGGCCGUGCUGAUCCGGGACAAGAAGGGUCUGCAGGACCGUGAGGGACAGUCCAGAAUCUGCAGGAUUAUGUGAACCAGGACCAGACCGGGCUAUGUUCCAGAGAACCUGAAAACUGUCCUGAACUCAGCUGUUCCAGCAGCGGGAGCUGGAGCCGGAUCACCGUUCCGGUUUCUGUGUUCAAAACGCUAGACCGGGUUCUGGUCCGGUUCCUCCACAGCGAUGACCGUUUCCUGUCUCUGGUGGGCAGAGGUCAGGGUCCGUGUGGAGGUAUUGGCCUGGACCUGAACCACCAGGUGGACGCCUCCUCGCUGUAGACGUCAGCUGAUCCUCAGCUGUAAAGCAGCUGUUUUUACAGCAACCUGCUGCUGCAGACGGAAUUCACAUCUUCAGCUUUUCCUUUCUGAGGCCGCGGACAGGUGACCUGUUCACCUGAACUACUACAACACUGUGGAAUAAACUAUUUAUUUUACUACAAUAAACACAAUACUUUGAUUUUA